GCCAGCGGUGCUAUGAAUGACGUCGAAAUUUAGUCAAUCAGUCGUCAAAAUGGCGUUAAUCAUGUCGUUUGUGUCCGUCGCGGUGUCUAUACUUUACACGCCGUUCCUUCUUCUCAUUCUGUGCAUAAUAUUUCUGGCUUCUAUCGGCAAAUCCUUGGGUGUGCGUCGGCUAUACGUGAACAUAUUACUCAAACUUUUCGAGUAUGGCCGCCAGCACAUCGAAGUGGCGAAGAAGCUACAGCGCAACGACAGCUCGGACGACGAGGAGCCUCCCGUGCCGGACGACAAGCCCCCGUCCGCCAUCUUUAAAGAGAACGGCAUCAACGGCACGAAGAUGACAGUGAUAGAGCGAGAAGAGAUACUGGGGCCGUCGCCGGAGCUAAACUAUAAAAGAAGCACGAGCCAGGAGAGGGUUUCCAACGGCGUGCGGCCUGAUAACGCGGGGAAGGGGGAGGGGACGAAAGAGAACAACCUGGAGUUCCACCUCCACCACUGCAUGGACCUGGUGAAGGCCGGCAUGGAGUCCAUCAUCGAGGACCAGGUCACCUCCGUCUUCGAGGCCGAGGAGUUGAGGAGCUGGAACCUCCUCACCAGGACCAACAUGCAGUACGAGUUUCUAUCAUGGCGUCUGACCAUCAUCUGGAUGAUGGGGUUCGUGGUGCGCUACUUCUUCCUGCUGCCGUUACGGAUCAUGAUCUUCGCCAUCGGGAUAAUAUUCAUGCUCACAAUGACAAGCAUCGCCAGCACGCUGCCGCCCGGCAGAAUACAGCGAAUCCUAGGCAUGAUGUCCUACAUGAUAUCCAUACGGAUCAUGAUACGUUCCUUAUCUGUGGUCAUCGACUACCACGACAAACAGAACAUGCCUAAAGGCGGGAUCUGCGUUGCCAACCACACGACUAUAAUCGAUGUGGCCGUUUUGAGCUGUAACCAGUGUUUCUCUAUGGUGUGGUGGCUGGUGUUGUGCACGGCGUGCGUGGGCACGCUGCCCGACGGCCGGCUCAAGCAGCGCGUCAACUACGGCGUCAGCAUCAUGUGCUUCAACUUCCUGUCUCGCUGUAUCAGCGCGGUCAUCACCUACCAUGAUGAUGACAACAAACCGAGGAGUGGGAUCUGCGUGGCGAACCACACCAGCCCUAUUGACGCGUUGGUGCUGAUGUGCGACAAUACAUAUUCACUGAUAGGACAGCGGCACGGUGGUUUCCUAGGCCUCCUGCAGAGGGCGCUGGCUCGCGCCUCCCCCCACAUCUGGUUCGAGAGGUCGGAGGUCAAGGACCGCCACGCCGUGGCCAGGAGACUAAAAGAGCACAUAUCAGUCCCCGACAACCCCCCCAUCCUGAUCUUCCCGGAGGGGACCUGCAUCAACAACACCUCGGUGAUGCAGUUCAAGAAGGGCAGCUUCGAGGUCGGCGGCUGGAUCUACCCCGUCGCCAUUAAAUACGACCCCCGCUUCGGCGAUGCGUUCUGGAACAGCUCGCGCUACGGCAUGCUGCACUACCUCCUCAACAUGAUGUCGUCGUGGGCCAUCGUGUGCGACGUGUGGUACCUGCCCCCCAUGCGGAGGGGGGAGAGGGAGGACGCCGUGGCCUUCGCGAACAGAGUGAAGGCGGCCGUGGCGGCCCGGGGAGGGCUUAUAGACCUACAGUGGUGA